CAUCUUAAUCCAGAACACAUCACUACGACUCUCUUUCUUCCUCUUUAACUUCUUCCUCAACUUUCGGGACUCUGGAUAUUGACUGGGCAACAACUGAGACCGCGGGGGAAAUGGCCAGUGAGGAGAGUGCUAGUACUUCUCGACCAGCGCCAGGGUCGAAGAAGAGACGACUGCAAGGCGCCUGCGAUAUAUGCAGGAAAAGGAAAAGUACGUUAUACGUACGCUCUCCCAAUCCUCGUCACUGACCUUCCCCCGCAGUCAAAUGCGACAGUGCCAAGAUGCCGGGCAACAAGUGCACGCACUGUAUAUCCUUUGGGUCUGAAUGCACGCAUUUCCUGAGCAAGAGACGAUCCGCUGCCGCAGCGAAGGCGGCAGCAAGGGAGGGCACAGGGGAGGCCGAGUGCUCCAAGCUAACAAGCGGGGACGCCUAUCGCCCAUUCCAAGACGCCGACACCAACACCCUCGUGACAGCUAUUCUCGACGACACCGACGUCUUCUUCACCACCACGCCCCCCGCUUCCCAUAAGGAGAUUAUCAUCCGGCUUGCGCAAUUCAUCCGCACCCUUCAGGACACCCCUCGAUACUCUGAGGACAUAUCCGACGAUGACAGCCUCUCCCUUCCGCCCCUCGAACCCAACACCGAACCGUCUCCAGCAGCCUCCGACGAAAUCAGCAAAACCAACGUCGAAGUGACAUCCCUGACCCAUGGACUCAAGGACAUGGUUCUUAAUGCCGGCUUCGAGCGCGUAUAUGGGCCUGCAAGCACGGUCGCAUUCAUUAAGUGCGCGCUAGACGUUCGGGCAGCGUAUGCGACCGAGGAAGACGGCGAGCCCGACAUGCAGCGCCGGAUGGAGUUUUGGAACGCCCGCCCUUGGGAGCUAACGUUGACCGACGACCGCAUGCCACUCACCUUCCCAGAACCAUCCCUAAUCCGGAUGCUCGUCGACCUCUACUUCCGCACCUACAACACCUACAUGUCCCUCCUCCACCGACCCACCAUCGAGCGCGGCAUCGCGAACGGCAUGCACGAGCGACACUAUGGCUUUGGCUCACUUCUCCUGAUGAUCUGUGCCGUCGCCUCCCGCAUGACGGACGAUCCGCGCGUAUACGCCGACAAGCGCCCAGGGGCUGAGAACAGCGCCGGGUGGCAGUGGUACAGCCAGAUACGCUUCAUCCGCCGCACGUACCCGGUAGGGCCGGAUCUCUAUGAAUUGCAGGCUGCCGCGUUAGGUGUUUUGUAUGCCCAUGGGAUCUCGAGUUGCGAUGAUACCUCGUACAUUCACGCGGCUGCUAUCCGUCUCGCGCAGGAGAUUGGCGCCCACAAGCGCCGCUGCACCUCCGACCGAAUACAGGACGAGCUCUACAAGCGGCUGUACUGGGUUCUCGUCGUCCAGGAUAUUCAUGUCACCUCUGUUAUGGGUCGUCCGCGCGCCACGGGGGACGAGGAUAUCAACCUUGAGCCGCUUCUGGAGGUCGACGACGAGUACUGGUCGACAGGCUUCACGCAGCCGCCGGGCAAGAUUGCGGGGCCGGUGUACAUGAACGCGUUCAUCAGGGGCGUGCAUAUUUUGGGGGUGUUAUGUCGGACGAUUUAUGCUUGUCGGAGACCGAAAAUGCCACCCGGGAUGAGUGUAGAAGCCUGGGAAGCGCGUGUCGUGAGCUGUAUCGACACGGUGUUGAACAAAUGGCUCUGUACCUUGCCUGCUCAUCUCCGCUGGGACCCCACACAGCCCAACGAAAUAUACCGCAACCAAGCCGCCUCCCUCGUCGCCCUCCAAUGCUACAUCCAGAUCCAGGCCCACCGCAUCGGCAUCUCCUCACCUGACUCCACCCGCUCUUUAGCUGCCUUGUCUACCUGCGCGCAGUUCGCGCGUAAUUGUCUGCGUGUGUUGGACGUGCACUCGCGAGAGGGCUUCAUCCCGUGGAUCCAUGUGCAGCAGGCGGUAUUUUGCUCGACGGCGGCGCUGAUGCUGUAUAUCUGGCGGACGAGGGAGAGGGGGAAGGAGUGCGAGGCGGAUGUUAACGACGUGUACAAGGGGAUUAGACUGCUGCAGCUCUAUGGGAAGAGAUGGCAGCCAGCCGGUCGUCACUUGGACGUCAUCUACAAUCUCUUCCCGCGAAACGGCUUCCAUUUCGACGACAGCGGCACCUUCGUGAGGGUCGAGAAGCGCAAGCAAUCCGCCCCAGAUGAAAGCGUCGCCUCGUCCUCCGUCUCCUCGUCUAUCGCCACCCCUCUCAGCAACCCCGAAAUGGCACAGGCGCACGUCAUGAUACCGGACGAGCGCAUCACUCCUCCUGUUAACACCUUUGCGUACACGCCGCCCGACCCCAGUUUGCCGCACACGCAGGAGGAGCAGCACCGCCUAGACGAACUUUUCCAGCAACACCAGUGGCCGACGCUGCCGAACAAGCAGGACCUGUUGUAUGUGGCGGAUAACACUCAUACGCAGGCGCAGCGACCUCUCUUCGACUUCGACUUGUACGAUGGGUCGCCGGAGUGGGGCACGGUUGGGAUGGCUGGUGAAACCAUCUUUGCAUCGGGCGCCAGCGGACUGCCCUUCCAGACAGGGCAUCGACCCGUUGUCGCUGAGCAGCAGCUACCAUCGCACGCUCGUCCAUACUCGGGCUAUCAAUACCCAGCAGCGAACAUGGUGCACCCCGAAGCGAUGCCUCCGACAGGACCCAGCAUCGGUCACCAGUUCACCACGGAGACGCAGUGGUAUCGCAGCACGUAUAUAUGA